AUGACUACUAAUCUCAGUCACGAAAUACCAGCUCUUUUUAUCCCAGACGAUUCUACCCCAUUCAAUCCCAUAUCGGAGGUCAACAUCCCGUAUCCUCCCUCCUCACAGGAGUCUAAUGCCAUCAUCAGUCAAUUACUGAAAUGUCCUGGAAGAGUGGCCGAACCUCUUUACUCGGAAGAUCUACUCGCUGUUUACAACGGUAGUCCCAGCGGUGUCCCACCAAAGCAGAAAUUCUACGUUUAUGACGCGUACAUGGACGACACUGGCAACUCCACACGACCAUAUAAUACUCGCGCUGCAGAGCUGUUACAACUUCCUAGAAGUUAUGGACCCAUCCUCAUCGUCAAAGGUGUCUGUGUCAAGGACUCGGAAAUCGGUGCAGUACGAGUGAUAGAUCAAGAGCCCCUAUCCGAAGCAGAGAUCGAGAGUCGGGCUUUUCGAGACAAAAGAAAGUUGUUCAUAGAGAAGCAAGACGCGUACAAGAAACGCCUGUUUGACAAGUACCGAAAUGAUGGCUUCACUGUAAUCUCUUCAUAG